CGCACAUUUCCUUUUGGAUGUCCCGGUACCGGUGCUUAUUUCAGCUUCAAACGGGCACUUGUAGACAAGUUUGUGAAAAUGGCUGUUAAGCACAAUCUGAUAAUCCCGAUUCUGGUGGUGUCUGUGUUGGCAGCUGUGACAGGUUCCAGCACAACCAACGACCCUGAAAUGGAUAAGCUGAAGGUGGGGGAUGAUUCUGCUCCUUCAGUACAGGAAAAUGUCGCAGCUAAACCUGGAGAGACUGUUAUUCUCCCUUGCAGAAAUCCUAAAAAUAUUCCAGUCAAGGUUUUAGAGUGGCACAGAGCUAACAGUAGUCAAUAUGUGCUCAGCUAUCGCGAUGAACAACUUGAUCCAGAGGACCAAGAUCCAUCUUUUAUCAACCGGGUGGAUGUGAAGGACAGAAAUAUGACGCAUGGAGAUUUGUCUUUGAUUAUGAAGAAUGUAACGACUAAUGACACAGGAAUAUACGAGUGCAGAGCCGUUCAGAGUGGAGCAAGCCGCAUGAAGAGAGAAAUUCUUGUCGUCAGCAUUGUCAACCUGAAAGUCGCUCACUCUGGCCAAAAACCUGGCGAGAGGAUCGAUGGACUGAAAGUGGCCCUGUAUGUUGGAGGAGGGGUGAUUAUUGCUAUUGCAGUUGCAGUAACGGCUGGAAUUUGUAUCUAUAAAAGACAUUCUUGUAAUUCUCAAGGGGUAAUAUAGAAAAGUACACAAUUUUUUAACAAAGGAAAUGAAUUCUGCUCUUCAGUCAUGACCUAUCUGAACCUGGGAUGGGAGGAAACGAGGAUGGAUGUGUUGGACUGAAGACCGAAUACUGGCACCGUGUGUCUGUUUGCAUUGCUCUCAGCCUUCAAAGAAAGGAUGACUUGAUAAAAAUCUACCAGUGCUGAGGUUACAGGACUCGUUUGUGUGCAGCUUCAAAAGAUUAGAAUUUCUAACACAUAACUAAAUUCAAAUUUAAGAAACAAAAGUGACAGUGCCCGUUUUUUAACUAAUUUUCCCCAGAGGUCUGAUGGUCCCUCUCUGAAGCCAGACUAUUUACAACAGUUCCCAGAAAACAGAGUAAUGAGUUAAACUCAGUUAUCCAGAUUUAUUUGGUGGGAAUUGUGCUCACUAUCUUGAUCUUUAAGAGCACAGGUAACGGACUCCAGUCCUCGAGGGUCGGUGUCCAGAAACUUUUCCAUGUGUCCCUGCUGCAGCACAAGAGGCUCAAGAGUUGGCAGUUCGUCUUGUAAUCGGAAGGUUGCCGGUUCGAGCCCCAGCUCUGACAGUCUCGAUCGUUGUGUCCUUGGGCAAGGCACUUCACCGUUGCCUAAUGGUGGUGGUCAGAGGGCCCGGUGGCAACAGUGUCCAGCAGCCUCGCCUCUGUCAGCGCGCCCCAGGGCAGCUGUGGCUACAAUGUAGCUUGCCAUCACCAGUGUGUGAAUGUGUGUGUGAAUGGGUGGAUGACUGAAUGUAGUGUAAAGCGCUUUGGGGUCCAUAGGGACUAAGUAAAGCGCUAUACAUUAGCAAGACUCUAUAGAACCUGACUGCAUGCUGAGGUGGCAUUUCAGCCAUUUGAUUCAUGUUACAGGAGCUCAAGAGUGAACGAACAUGGUGCCGUAAAUGUAAAAAUAAAUGCAGUCAAGUCUUGCUAAUGACCUACAAAAUUUAUUCAGGUGUUUUGCAGCAGGGACACAUGGAAAAGUUUCAGGACACCGACCCUUGAGGACUGGAGUUUGGCACCCCUGUUUUAGAAGCAGAUGGAGGAGACAAGAAGGCACAUUCUGAAGUGAUGAGAAAAGAAACUGUGGAUGAGAUGCAGUGACAAAGACAGCAGUGAGUGGUUUCACUUCACUAAGAAUAAUUUCUUCAACUUCCCUCAACAUCCUUUGAUAAUCAAAAUAUAAUUAAAAUGUUGUCACUGUUUCACUUUGUACUGUGCAUAAUGGCAAUUGGUCCCUUUCCCACCUAUGUCUUCAACCAAUCAGCACACAAGCUUGUUCCUUCUGAGUCGGUUAAAUUGUGACGGUGCUCAGCUGAGAGUUAUGUAAACAGACACCAAAGCAAGAGCAAAAAUCCCAAAAAAGGAAGUAAAAUGAAAUGUUUUUUGUGACUUUAAAAGCUGACUUUUGAAAGAAAAACUGUCCCUUCCAAUAACGCUAAUUGAUAUCAAGUUGAAUUACCUGCUUUUCCAUGUUGACAUCUUUCUUUCCUUCGUGGAGCUUUGUCACUUUUUGCUCUUCUGAAGUUUUUCAAGAAAUUGCUUUCUAAUGAAGAAAGUCAUUAGUGUUUGAACCUUCCAUAAGGUACUCUGUGGAAUUCAAUACGCCAAUGGCAGAGUCCUACUAGAGGAUAUUGCAGACAUUUUUACUCUCAUUUUUAUUUUUAUUUUUUUAUGAAAAUGAAGUUGUUAAUUUUGUCAUUUUGUUCAUUGUCACACAUAUGGGCAGCAAUGGAAAACAUUUUACUCAGAAGAGAUGGCUGUUGAAAACGGCACGCGCUUUUUAUUUUUCUCUUUUUUUUGUAAACCUGGCUGUAAUAUGACAAACACUAGCAGGAAAAAGUACAAAAUCAACAAAAGCAAGAAAAGGAUUCAUUAAGAGAGAUGAAGGCUUUGCUGGCUGAUGACACUCCAGAAGAAAUUUAGCUGGAUUGCAGACAAAAAAAUCAUCAAGUAGAUGUAAAAAUGCCACGUCGACUCAACUUCAUGGUCAUUUUGGAGAAAAGUUUGGAGAUGCAACAGGACUACACAUGUUUGAAGCUCCUCAUCAAAAAUUACCUGACGUCCUGAAGUGUGACUGAAUGGAUCUUGUCCUUGACUACAGACCAGCGUACUCAAUCAGUGUGAGGCUAGAAGUGUCACUAGCAGCCUCACAACUGAAGACACCGUCAUAAAUAGCAGUCUGGAGUGAUCUACUGAAAGAUCGUCAUAUGGAGUUUUGGAAUGAGCCAUCAAUAUGGAGCUUCCCUGUCUUUCCCAGCCUUAUAGAUACAUCCAAGGAAAGAGGAAAUGAGGGGUGCAUGUCCUUCAUGCACUGAUGGAAAUAUAUACGAGGCUAAGGAGAAACCUGAACAUCUCCAAAAGUUGAAUCUGUUCAUCUGGACGUAGCGUUUUGUGGGAGAAACGUUUCGUCACUCAUCCAAGUGACUUCUUCAGUCUCAGCUGACUGCAGGUUUCCCCAAACCUUAUAAACAGUACAUUUGCAUAAUGACUGAAACCAGCCCACUGAAGGAACAAUGGGCUGUGAGGUCAGUUCCUUAAUCAUAAUUAUGCAAAUUCCCAUGACCAUUGAUCAACAAUCACUGAUCAAAGCCCACUGAUCAAUGGCCAUGAGUACCAUUCACAGAGAUUUGGGGAAUGGCUGCAAUCACAGCAUUGUAGGAUGGCAAAAGAUGUACCCUUAGGCCCCCUCCUCGAUUCAGAGAUGGUCUUUCCCUUUUCACGUAAAUGGCCUCCUUGACUCCGCGCUCAAACCAGCGUUCCUCCCUGUCCAGGAUUUGUACAUCCUCAUCAUUGAAAGAGUGUCCACUGGCCUGUAGGUGUAAAUAGACUGCAGAGUCCUGGCCUGACGAGGUAGCUCUUCUGUGUUGUGCCAUCCGCUUCGCUAGAGGUUGUUUGGUUUCCCCGAUGUAUAAAUCCUGGCAAUCCUCCUGGCACUUAACAGCGUACACUAUGUUACUCUGUUUGUGUCGGGGGACCCGAUCCUUGGGGUGGACCAGUUUUUGGCGCAGCGUAUUUUGGGGUUUAAAAGCCACAGAGACCCGGUGUUUAGAAAAAAUGCGUCUCAAAAUGCGUCUCAACUGCUCCGAUAUUAUUUGCAUAAUUAUGAUUAAGGAACUGACCUCACAGCCCAUUGUUCCUUCAGUGGGCUGGUUUCAGUCAUUAUGCAAAUGUACUGUUUAUAAGAUUGGGGAAACCUGCAGUCAGCUGAGACUGAAGAAGUCACUUGGAUGAGUGAC